UGGAGAUGUCUGCGAGGAAAUCUCCAUACCGUCUUAUCUUCCUCAUUUCUGCUCUUGCAAUCCAGUGUUUCGCCUCGGUCCACUCCAUCGGCAUCAACUAUGGAACUCUCGGCGACAACCUCCCACCGCCGGACAAGGUGGCUCAAUUUAUCAAAGACAAGACCAACAUAGACUCAGUCAAGCUCUUCGAUGCCAACCCCGACGUUAUCAAGGCCUUCGCCGACACUGGCAUCGCCGUCUCCAUCACCAUCCCCAACGGCGACAUCCCAGGCCUCACCACUAUCGGCGGGGCUGGCCAGUGGAUCGAGAAAAAUUUUAAACCAUUCUAUCCAGCAACCAAAAUUAAGUACAUUUUGUUAGGAAGUGAACUCCUCCACUGGGGUGACGCAAACCAGAAAAGCAGCCUCGUACCCGCCAUGAAAACCCUAAGCCAAGCUCUCCAGCAGGCUGACAUUAAGGACGUUAAGAUCACAACCCCUCAUUCUCUCAGCAUCCUCCUUCCCAACCCGAUCCCGAGCGCCGGGAGGUUCCACCCGGAUGUUGAGAAAUCCUUUAUAGCACCCAUGCUUGAGUUUUUACGUGAAACCAAAUCAGGGUUUAUGAUUAAUCCCUACCCGUAUUUCGCCUACAGCUCGGAGAAGGCAGAUUACGUUCUCUUCAAGCCAAACGCCGGUGUUCGGGACCCGAACACGGGGCUAUUGUACACCAACAUUUAUGAUCAGUUGUUGGAUUCAGUAUACAGUGCCAUGAAGGGCUUAGGGUAUGGAGAUGUGGAGAUUGUGGUGGGAGAGACCGGGUGGCCGUCCAUGGGUGAGCCCUGGUUGACACAAAACAACGUUGAGAAUGCCAGGCAGCACAACUUCAACGUGUUGCAGAAGGCUACCUCCGGUCAAGGGACACCGUUGAUGCCAAAACAGAAUUUUGAAACUUUUAUUUUUGCCUUGUUCAAUGAGAACCAGAAACCAGGUUCAAUUGCUGAGAAGAACUUCGGGUUGUUCCGGCCAGAUUUCACCCCGGUUUAUGACGUUGGAGUUUUGGGUCCACGACAGGAUGCUCCGGCAACACCUGAGCCGUCAAAGGAUAAUUCGACACCAGAAACUAAACCUGCUUCGGAAACACCUGAACAGUCAAAGGAUAAUCCGGCACCGGAUAAUAAACCAAAAAAGACAUGGUGCGUUGCGAAACCCGGCACGGAUGCUCAGAAGUUGCAGUCGAGCAUAGACUUCGCCUGCGGCAAGGUGGACUGCAAGCCCAUUCAAUCCGGCGGGCCAUGCUUCGACCCUACCAAUGCCGCCAUGGCUCACGCAUCAUAUGCAAUGAACGCUUUCUAUCAAUCAUCUGGAGGCAAAGACUGUGAUUUCGAUGGCAGUGGUGUUGUCACCAACACUGACCCAAGCAAAGGUGAAUGCAAGUACCAGUAAGGAAGUGAAAGAGAACACGAAAUGGCUUCUGGAAAAUGCGAAUGAUAAAUUAUAUAUUCAUGAUUCUUUUGUUUGCUAAAUAGAUAAAUUUUGAUUGAUAAAUUACCUAUUCAUUGUAGCUUUGAUUGGAUUAUUCAAGGGAUUUCUAUGAAGAAGUUGGCCAUAUAUAAUUCGCUACUUUAUUAUGAUGUAUAUCACAGUUCUAAAUUAAGUGAA